CAUGGAGAUUGUCAACUGUCAUGGCACGGAUGGAAGUGCAAUUUAGCCUGGAAACCGGAUUACAAUGAAGCAUGAGGUCUUUUUGAAGUCAUUUGGCCGGCUCUCUUGGUUGUAAUGAGUCUCAGCUGGUUUGACUACAAAGGCAACUUCUUGAAGCAGAUCCUGUUUUUUUGUUUUUGUUUUUUGUUUCUUGUUUUUUUCCGGAGACAUCUCACUCUGUCGCCCAGGCUGGAGUGCAGUGGUGUGAUCUCGGCUCACUGCAACCACCACCUUCCGGGUUCAAGCAAUUCUCCUGUCUCAGCCUCCAGAGUAGCUGGAACUACAGGCACAUACCACCACACCCGGCUAAUUUUUGUAUUGUUAGUAGAGACGGGGUUUCAUCAUGUUGGCCAGGUUAGUCUUGAACUCCUGACCUCGUGAUCUGCCUGCCUCAGCCUACCAAAUGCUGCAAUUACAGGCGUGAGCCACCGUGCCCGGCCUAUACAUUGUUUAUUUUGGAAAAAUUAAAAAUUAGGUUUUUUUUCAUUAAAGAGAUGUUAUUUCCAGUCAAGAGAUCAAGACCAUCCUGGCCAACAUGGUGAAACCUCAUCUCUACUAAAAACACAAAAAUUAGCUGGGCGUGGUGGCGCACGCCUGUAGUUCCAGUUACUUGGGAGGCUGAGGAAGGAGAAUUGCUUGAACCUGGGAGAAGGCUGUUGCAGUGAGCCAAGAUCGCGGCACUGCACUCCAGCCUGGGCGACAGCGUAAAAAAAAAAAAAAAAAAAGCCGGGCAGAGUGGCUCACGCGGGUAAUCCUAGCGCUUUGAGAGGCCGAGAUGGGAGGAUCGCUUUAGUCCAGAAGUUCGAGACCAGCCUGGUCAACAGAGCGAGACCACCCCCGCCCCAACACACACACACACAGCUCCCAAACACACACACACACACACACACACACACACACACACACACACACGAAAAAAGCCACUGAUUUACACAAUUUACACAGUCCCUGGGCCAGGACUCAGGGAGAUAGUGUGACAAAGAGCGCUCGGGUCAGGAGGUGAGAGCGCAGGGCAAUGUUCCAGGUCCCCGGGCGUGGCUCUCAGGGUCUCAGGCCCCAAGGGCAGAGUGUGGAAACUUAGGAGCGUUGGUGAUUCCACACUCUGCAGUUUCCAUUUCCUCUCAUAACCUGGUCGUGUACUUCUUCCUGGAUACUCAUGACGCAGACUCAGUUCUCAUUCCCAAUGGGUGUCGGGUUUCUAGAGAAGCCAAUGAGCGUCGCCACGACUCCCGACUAUAAUAAAGUCCCCACCCAGAUUCAAGAGGCUCUCCGGACUCUGACUGGGAUCAUGGCAGAUGGAACCCUCCUUUUACUCCUCUCGGAGGCCCUGGCCCUUACCCAGACCUGGGCGGGCUCCCACUCCUUGAAGUAUUUCCACACUUCCGUGUCCCGGCCCGGCCGCGGGGAGCCCCGCUUCAUCUCUGUGGGCUACGUGGACGACACCCAGUUCGUGCGCUUCGACAACGACGCCGCGAGUCCGAGGAUGGAGCCGCGGGCGCCGUGGAUGGAGCAGGAGGGGCCAGACUAUUGGGACCGGGAGACACGGAGCGCCAGGGACACCGCACAGACUUUCCGGGUGAACCUGCGGACCCUGCGCGGCUACUACAAUCAGAGCAAGGCCGGGUCUCACACCCUGCAGUGGAUGCAUGGCUGCGACCUGGGGCCCGACGGGAGCUUCCUCCGCGGGUAUGAACAGUUCGCCUACGACGGCAAGGAUUAUCUCACCCUGAAUGAAGACCUGAGCUCCUGGACCGCGGUGGACCCGGCGGCUCAGAUCUCCGAGCGAAAGUCAAAUGAUGCCUGUGAGGCGGAGCACCAGAGAGCCUACCUGGAAGACACAUGCGUGGAGUGGCUCCGCAAAUACCUGGAGAAGGGGAAGGAGACGCUGCAGCGCUUGGAUCCCCCAAAGACACAUGUGACCCACCACCCCAUCUCUGACCAUGAGGCCACCCUGAGGUGCUGGGCCCUGGGCUUCUACCCUGCGGAGAUCACACUGACCUGGCAGCGGGAUGGGGAGGACCAGACCCACGACACGGAGCUUGUGGAGACCAGGCCUGCAGGGGAUGGAACCUUCCAGAAGUGGACAGCUGUGGUGGUGCCUUCUGGAGAGGAGCAGAGAUACACGUGCCAUGUGCAGCAUGAGGGGCUACCUGAGCCCCUUACCCUGAGAUGGGAGCCGGCUUCCCAGCCCACCAUCUCCAUCGUGAGCAUCGUUGCUGGCCUGGUGGUUCUCCUUGGAACUAUGGUCCCUGGAGCUGUGGUUGCUGCUGUGAUGUGGAGGAAGAAGAGCUCAGGUGGAAAAGGAGGGAGCUACUCUAAGGCUAAAUGGAGCGACAGUGCCCAGGGAUCUGAGUCUCUCACAGCUUGUAAAGCCUGAGACAGCUGCCUUGUGUGCGACUGAGAUGCAGGAUUUCUUCACGCCUCCCCUUUGUGUCUUAGGGGACUCUGGCUUCUCUUUUUGCAAGGGCCUCUGAAUCUGUCUGUGUCCCUGUUAGCACAAUGUGAGGAGGUAGAGAAACAGUCCACCUCUGUGUCUACCAUGACCCCCUUCCUCACACUGACCUGUGUUCCUUCCCUGUUCUCUUACUUUUCUAUUAACAAUAAGAACCUGGGCAGAGUGCGGCAGCUCAUGCCUGUAAUCCCAGUACUUAGGGAGGCCGAGGAGGGCAGAUCACGAGGUCAGGAGAUUGAAACCAUCCUGGCUAACAUGGUGAAACCCCGUCUCUACUAAAAAAUACAAAAAAUUAGCUGGGCGCGGAGGCGGGCGCUUGUAGUCCCAGCUACUCAGGAGGCAGAGGCAGGAGAAUGGCGUCAACCCGGGAGGCGGAGGUUGCAGUGAGCCAGGAUUGUGCGACUGCACUCCAGCCUGGGUGACAGGGUGAGACUCCAUCUCAAAAAAUAAAAAUUAAAAAAUAAAAAAAGAACCUGGAUCUCAAUUUAAUUUUUCAUAUUCUUGCAAUGAAAUGGAAUUGAGGAAGCUAAGGCCAUAGCUAGAAAUACAGAUAAUUCCACAGCACAUCUCUAGCAAAUUCAGCCUAUUCCUAUUCUCUAGCCUAUUCCUUACCACCUGUAAUCUUGACCAUAUACCUUGGAGUUGAAUAUUGUUUUCAUACUGCUGUGGUUUGAAUGUUCCCUCCAACACUCAUGUUGAGACUUAAUCCCUAAUGUGGCAAUACUGAAAGGUGGGCCCUUUGAGAUGUGAUUGGAUCAUAAGGCUGUGCCUUCAUUCAUGGGUUAAUGGAUUAAUGGGUUAUCACAGGAAUGGGACUGGUGGCUUUAUAAGAAGAGGAAAAGAGAACUGAGCUAGCAUGCCCAGCCCACAGAGAGCCUCCACUAGAGUGAUGCCAAGUGGAAAUGUGAGGUGCAGCUGCCACAGAGGGCCCCCACCAGGGAAAUGUCUAGUAUCUAGUGGAUCCAGGCCACAGGAGAGAGUGCCUUGUGGAGCGGUGGGAGCAGGACCUGACCACCACCAGGACCCCAGAACUGUGGAGUCGGUGGCAGCAUGCAACGCCCCCUUGGGAAAGCUUCAGGCACCAUCCUGCAACCCAUUCGAGCAGCCACGUAGGCUGCACCCAGCAAAGCCAUAGGCACGGGGCUACCUGAGGCCUUGGGGGCCCAAUCUCUACUCCAGUGUGUCUGUGAGGCAGCACAUGGAGUCAAAAGAGAUUAUUCUCUUCCCACAGAUACCUUUUCUCUCCCAUGGCCCUUUAACAGCAUCUGCUUCAUUCCCCUCACCUUCCCAAGCUGAUCUCAGGUAAACUUUGAAGUAAAAUAAAAGCUGUGUUUGAGCAUCA